AUGCUUGACAAUAUGAUGCCUGACGAGGUCACACAGUUUGCACUUCGUGUAAAGUUCAGCGAACACCCACCGAUUGAGUACGAGGCAUUUUCACCCACAGUGUACGAUCGUAAGAACCCAAUUAGUAGGUUAAGUAUAUCUACCAUGAUCCAUAUUGCGCACGAGAUGGAUGAGUACAAGAACGGCGAGAUGGAGGUGCACCCCGAAAGCGUUAACAACACUUCUUUGUACACCUGA